GUAGAGAACUCUAUACUUCAACAGCCCUGGAUCUAUCAGUCAGUUGGUAAUCGUUCAGUGGCUGAGCUACACCAGGAAAGGUGAGGAUGUCCAAUAACAUGGCCAAAAUAGCCGAUGCCAGAAAAACUGUGGAACAACUGAAACUUGAAGUCAACAUUGAACGGAUGCUUGUGUCUAAAGCAGCAGCUGACCUGAUGGCUUUCUGUGAAGCUCAUGCUAAAGAGGACCCGCUGGUGACACCUGUGGUAUCCUCUGAAAACCCUUUUCGAGAGAAGAAAUUGUUCUGUGCAAUACUCUAAUUCCAGUACGUCAUUAUGAAAAU